AUGACAAGUCAAACACCUUCUUCUCUUGGAACAAAUGUCAUGAAGGGGCAACGAGAUGCCUCGAGCAGGAUAAACGAUGUGGUAAUUACCCCAGAAAUGACCCCGGAUGUCAUAAAUAUGCUCCUGAAACGCUUUAAAUUCGAUGUGAUCCCAGAGAAAGUCUUACCAAAAAAAGCACCGGACAACUCUGGCAAGUUUGCGGCUGUUGUAAAACUCCAGAGUAAAUUGAGGGUCCUUAAGAGGUUUCCCGACCAGAGGCCCCGCCAGUCUGCGACACCGGAGCAACAAAAGGCAGGCCAAUACUUAGCCGAGCAGCGAGAAGCCUGUAAGCAGAUGUUGGAAAUGGAGAUGAUUGAGAGGUGGCGAUAG